AGUGAUCAUAGCCAUUUCGAUUUAUCUAAUAGAACGGUGGAGGAUCUGUGAGUUUUCCAAUUUAUAGGAAUUUUUGGGAAAUUCCAUUUUCUUCAAUUUAUAUUUGGAACGAAAAAACAACUCACAACACGAAAAUGGCUUCAAGCAAAUUAGGUUUAAUAGUUCGUAAUUUCAGUUCAUCCAGUUCUCUUAACCAAAUGGUAAAACCUCCAAUACAAAUUUUUGGUACUGAAGGUCGUUAUGCAACAGCUCUUUAUUCAGCAGCAACCAAACAAAAAGCCCUUCCUGCAGUUGAAAAAGAUUUGACCAAAUUGCAGGAUGCCUUGAAAAACGAGCCUAAAUUCAAGGAAUUUGUUCUAAACCCCAUCAUUGAAAGGAAUGUUAAAGCUGAUAUUGUGAAGGCAAUUAGUAAAGAUAUAUCUCUUGCCCCACAAUCUUCAAUUUUAUUACAAGUUUUGGCCGAGAAUGGUCAUAUGAAGAAUUUGGGUGGUGUUAUCAACGCGUUCAAAACGAUCAUGGCUGCCCACAGGGGUGAAGUUACAUGUGAAGUUGUAACUGCUAAAGCUCUUGAUGCUUCCCAAAAAUCAAAGCUUGAGGGUGUUUUGAAAUCAUUUGUGAAACCUAAUGAAACCAUUCACCUUACAGCUAAAGUAGAUCCUUCCAUUAUUGGAGGAAUGAUUGUGAGCAUAGGCGAUAGAUAUGCAGAUAUGAGCGUUGCUAGAAAACUCAAGAAGUACACCGAUCUGAUCAGUGCCACUGUUUAAUUCAAUAGUUUUGUUAAUUCGUAAACUAGCAAAUAUACCUUAGUUCUAA